UUAUCUAAUUUAAUUAUCCAAAGCUGUUUUUGAAUUCAUCCAGAAGUUGGGUUAUCUUCUCCCUUUCACAAUUUCUCAAAGAAAGGAGAGAAUUGAAAAAAAAAAAAAAUGAAUAAUCCGACUUCUUCUCUUGUUCUUUUAUUUUUCUUGUUAAUCUUCACUUGCAUAUGUGAAAUAACCGCAAAAGUGGACAAAGCUGAUUCUAAGCUUUACAUCGUCUACUUAGGACACAAGCCACACGAUGACCAUGAACUUAUCACCGAUUCACAUCAUGACAUUUUAGGUCAAGUGGCUGGAAGUAAGGAAGAAGCCAAAAAAGUAAUGGUGUAUAGCUAUAGACAUGGCUUCUCUGGGUUUGCUGCUAAGCUUACUGAUUCUCAAGCCAAACAAAUUGGAGAAUUACCUGGUGUGAUCCGAGUUAUACAAAAUCCUCUUUACAAGACUCAUACGUCAAGGAGCUGGGAUUUUUUGGGUCUUUCUAAAAGUGAUCCCAACAAUAUUAAUCUUCUCAACAAAACAAAUCAGGGUGAUGGAGUAAUCAUUGGCGUUUUAGAUUCAGGUAUAUGGGGAGACUCGGAAGCUUUUAACGACAAUGGUCUAGGUCCAAUUCCAUCUAGAUGGAAAGCUAGUUGCAAGUCUGAAGGAAAUUUCAAUGCCACAAAACAUUGUAACAGAAAAAUCAUUGGUACUCGUUGGUACAUAAAAGGGUUGAUGGAAGAAAAGAGACUAAAUCAGACAAUGGUCGAAAAAAUUUAUAAUUUAUCACCAUUAGAUGACACUGGACAUGGUACACAUGUUGCCUAUACAGCUGCUGGUUCUUAUGUUAACAAUGUGGAAUAUUAUGGUCUUAACAUGGGGACAGUACGAGGAGGAGCGCCACUUGCACGGUUAGCUAUUUAUAAGGUAUGUUGGAAAGAUAAUGUAACUGAAUCACACUGUGGUGGUGCUGAUAUUCUUGCUGGUAUUGAUGAUGCUAUAAAAGAUGGGGUUGACAUAUUGUCAGUAUCUCUUGGUGGUGGUGGUGGUCCUAACUUUGCUGAAGUUAAUGUGGAAAGUCUUUUGGGGAUAGGAUCUUUUCAUGCAGUAUCUCAUGGCAUACCUGUUGUUGCUGCUGGAGGAAAUAGUGGACCUGACUCAAAUACAAUUGGCAAUACUUCUCCAUGGGUGAUAAAUGUUGCUGCUAGCAAUUCUGAUAGAGAAAUUGUUACUCCUUUAAUACUUGGAAACAACAAGACAAUACUAGGUCAAGGACUUUUUAAAGGGAAUGAGCAAGCCUUUGCUCCUUUGAUCACUUUUGCAAAUAUAACAAGUCAUGAUCAAAUUCAAUUUAUCGCCAAUGAAGUGAAAGGAAAAGUUCUAAUGCUUUUCUUUCAAAAAGAAGAGGAUAUGGUUAUUUCUUUGUCGAAACUAAGGGCUACUGGAGUUUUGGCGUUUAUUGUUGUUACUCGCCCUCUUGCUCAAAUCACUGACUACAAUCAAACUGUUUUUCGUGUCCCUAUACCAUUUAUUUCCGUCGAUUUGGAGCAAGGAAACCAAAUAUUUGAUUAUUUUGCACAAUGUGAAUCAAAUAACCAAGAUCCUACAAUUAAAUUGGGUCGACCUGAAGUUCGUGAGGGCAACAAGAUAGUCUUACAGGUGCCUAGGUUCUCAUCCAGAGGUCCGAAUUCCUUUGCCCCCGAAAUUUUGAAGGUAAAUAUAUAAUUAUAUGUUGUUUGA